ACAUUCGUACAGUACCUACAUCUAUAAACUGCCCGCUCUGUCACGAUGCCUGUAUAUCUUUCUCCACUUACGCACCGCUCUGCUUUGUAUUUUUACAUCGGUAUCCCUUCGCUCACAUUAAGCAACAUCGAACAAGCUUCCAUUCCCCAGAACGAGCACCUCACCCAUGGAAUUCGUCUUCGAAGGAUAGUCCACGCUCACCACCAGCGAUGUCUUCGUGGCUUUUCCGCUCGAUAUAAGUACUAUUCGAGUGUCACUUCGUCCUAAGCUGAUUCUCCUUACAGAGCGACCAAGCGCACCGAUGGCAUCAAUGCCGUCGACAAUGACGUUAGAGAGCCGCUCAGAGGGCAGCUUCGAAAAUUGUCGAUGCCGAGCCUGAUUCUCCAAACGAGACGUCCGUUGUACGCGUUUCAUUGGAGCCUUCAGCUCCUCGACGGGCGACUACUACUACUGGGAUCACCGCCGACGCCUCGGAAGCCCAAGUUCAAAGGUUGCGCACUCUUCUCGAUACGGCGCAGUGGCAACGGGCAUCGAUCGACUCAGAACUCAGCAUGUGAGCGAAGACGCUAGGCGGCCUACCGAAAGUGCCGCUGCACUGCAGAGCCUACGUCCCCGCCACGAAGCCUUUACGGCCAACCUUAAGCAAAGCAUCUACGAGGCCAGGCACCGC